UUUAAAGGGCCAGCUCUCCGCGCUGCGCGGGGAACUGCAGCUGGUCUCGGCCUUGCGGCCUGCGGGGAGGCUUCCCGGAGGAGGUGGUGGCCUUGACGGCGGUGGUGCAUCUCAGGCCCCCAAUCCCACAGGUUCCUUCCUGUCAGGUCUGACCGUCUAUUUGUCCAUCUCUGGAGGUCCACAAUGACCACCUUCAGCCGCCAGGAAUUUUUCCAACAACUGCUGCAGGGCUGUCUCCUGCCUACUGCUCAGCAGGGUCUGGACCAAAUUUGGCUGCUCCUUGUCAUCUGCCUCACCUGCCGCCUCCUUUGGAGGCUUGGAUUGCCAUCCUACCUGAAGCAUGCAAGCACCGUGGCAGGAGGAUUCUUCAGCCUCUACCAUUUCUUCCAGUUGCAUAUGGUUUGGGUUGUGCUACUCAGCCUCUUGUGCUACCUUGUGCUGUUCCUCUGCCGACAUUCCUCCCAUCGUGGAGUCUUCCUCUCAGUCACCAUCCUCAUCUACCUACUCAUGGGUGAGAUGCACAUGGUGGACACCGUGACAUGGCACAAGAUGCGAGGGGCCCAGAUGAUUGUGGCCAUGAAGGCAGUGUCUCUGGGCUUCGAUCUGGACCGUGGCGAGGUGGGUGCAGUGCCUUCACCUGUGGAGUUCAUGGGCUACCUCUACUUCGUGGGUACCAUCGUCUUUGGGCCCUGGAUAUCCUUUCACAGCUACCUACAGGCUGUCCAAGGCCGCCCAUUGAGCUGCCGAUGGCUGCAGAAGGUGGCCCAGAGCUUGACACUGGCCCUGAUGUGCCUUGUGCUGUCAACCUGUGUGGGCCCUUACCUCUUUCCAUACUUCAUCCCCCUUGAUGGUGACCGUCUCCUUCGAAACAAGAAACGCAAAGCCAGGGACACCAUGGUAAGGUGGCUGCGAGCCUACGAGAGUGCUGUCUCCUUCCACUUCAGCAACUAUUUUGUGGGCUUUCUAUCCGAGGCCACAGCCACAUUGGCAGGGGCUGGUUUCACCGAGGAGAAAGAUCACUUGCAAUGGGACUUGACAGUGUCUAGGCCACUGAAUGUUGAGCUGCCCCGGUCCAUGGUGGAAGUUGUCACCAGUUGGAACCUGCCUAUGUCUUUUUGGCUAAAUAACUAUGUUUUCAAGAAUGCUCUCCACCUGGGGACUUUCUCAGCCGUGCUAGUCACCUAUGCUGCCAGUGCCCUCCUGCAUGGCUUCAGCUUCCACCUGGCUGCUGUGCUGUUAUCCUUGGCAUUUAUCACUUAUGUGGAGCAUGUCCUCCGGAAGCGACUAGCUCAGAUCCUCAGUGCCUGCGUCUUGUCAAAACGAUGCCCACCAAACUGUUCACACCAGCAUCGCUUGGGCCUAGGAGUGCGAACCUUAAACUUGCUCUUUGGGGGCCUGGCCAUCUUCCACCUGGCCUACCUGGGUUCCCUAUUUGAUGUCGAUGUCGAUGACACCACAGAGGAACAGGGCUAUGGCAUGGCAUACACUGUCCACAAGUGGUCAGAGCUCAGUUGGGCCAGUCACUGGGUAACUUUUGGAUGCUGGAUCUUCUACCGUCUCAUAGGCUGAGACACAAAUGUGGCACAUCAUGGCCCCCUCAAGACCCCUCCUUAGGGUGCCAGUUCUGCUGAGUAAUGAGAGAAGACCCUCUCUCCACCUCUUUCCCAUCACCUUAACUCCCAACAC